AUUUCUCGUCAACUUCCACUUCGGCAUGUUAAGCAAUUCAUUUUUUUUUCGAAUUUUUAUCUAAUCAGCAUAACGCUCACAGUACUAGAUCACUUAUUUCAUUCAGACACAUCAGAGAUUGAUACGUUAGCAAAAAACAUGAUAAGAUGGCGAAAGCAGUAGACGUUGAAAGAAAAAACAAAAUGUUGUCGAAACGAGGUUUUCAUCCCGCCGCGGGGCUGAUGGCGACGACGAUUGGCAUGGUUUUCGUCAUGACGAAUACCUUCUUGCCAUUGCCGACCUUUGCAGCCGGUGUCCUUGCUACGCAACAUUAUUCAGCACCCGCCACGACCGGGUCUAGUACUUCAGCAGCCGCUUCUUCUUCUUCUUCUUCUUCUUCGACGCAAUUCAUCCCGCGACCGCCUCCCAACAUCGGAGGUUCUGCACUACAGGAUCAACCAGGACAGGAAGACCACCUUUAUUUUUCCCGUCGUGCCUUGCAGAUUUUGGACGACAAAACUGGACAAUUGUUAGCUGAGGUCGUUUCAUCAUCUCGUCCUGCAGUUAAUAUUACUUCCGAGGCCACCCCCGUGGCGGCGGCGGGACAGGACGAUUGGGAAAAUUGGACCGUUGAGAUGUUGCACACAUACGUGAACAAAGCGCUGGCCGCAAGGUAUGAGCAACGUGCUGAGUUGGAACAAACGGAGCAGCAACGUGUAAAAACAAGAACUGCAGGGGCGGGCCCGACAUUUUUAUACAGAGGCACCACCGAACAGGACACGAACAACCAACGCGGGCUGCUCUCGUGCGUGAAAAUUUUAUAUCCGGUCGAGCAGGAACUGUUUCUACAGGCGAACCCGCGGCGCGCGCGCGGGCCUCGUGCCAGCACGGCCCCGGUGGAGCACCCCUGCAACAAGCGCCGCCGUACUAGUACUACAGCUGGGGUGGAGAGAUCCGCUGGGCCGCACGGCGCUGCGGACGAGCCAGAGCUGCCACUGGUAGGGCAACCAGUUGCUGUGCCUCUUUUGGAGAGCAGACUUGAAGCAGGCACGGCUACUGAAGUAGAUGGCAAGCAGACGCAGACAACAAAGUACUGCCAGUUCUUUCGCGACGAGCAUGCCGCGAUUCUAUCCGGCCUCGGCGCAUUCUUACCGGCCACACUGCCGAAAAAGUCGCGCAAGCCGCUGGGACAGCUGUUCCUCCCGGUGUUGCGGAAGCUGCAAGCGGCCGAGG